GCUUCAGCGUGUGCUGUGCUCCUCUGUUGGUGUUUCAAACAUGGAGGAGAGGGAAAGAGACAGAGCACUGAAAACACCGGGAAGCUGCUCCCGUACCGCCGCAGCAGCACCGGGGCAUGGACCGGAGGAGGACAGGAGAACCGGGGACGAUGACGCCGAUAAAGUCGACGUGUGCUCGGAGAGGUUUGACCCGCUGCUCGCUCUCUACUCUCCCACUGUGUCACUUCCUUUCCCUAACGUCAAGUGUUUCAACAACGUGGCGGCGUACGAGAGCUUCCUGAAGGGCGGCCGCGGCCGAGCCAAGCCGGAGAACGUGGAGAAGAAGCGGCUGAAGGCGCUGAAGGGGGUGGCGGACCCGGAGCGCAUCGACAGGCUGAAGAAGCUGAUGGUGAACAACCCGGUGCCGGAGGGGGAGAGCAGCGGCAGCGCCCCGCGGAGCAGGAAGAGGAACAAGCCGCAGAAGAACGUCCUGACGAGGAUGCCCCUGUGGAAAGGCGGUCCUUUGGGUGAGCUGUACCGCUGCGUCGAGGAGCGGGUGAGGGUCAAAGUUCACAUCAGGACCUUUAAGGGACUGAGGGGCGUGUGCUCGGGCUUCGUCGUGGCCUUUGACAAGUUCUGGAACAUGGCAAUGGUAGACGUGGAUGAGACUUACAGGGAGCCUCUGCUGGGAGAGGCAUUCCACCAUGAGAAAGCCCUCACCAUUACACGGCUCUUUGAGAAGCUGAAACUUCAGGAAAGCUCAGGAGGUGACGAUCCACCAGAGAAACACAAAACCCAGAGACAAGCUGGCGAGCGUCAGCCUGUGAAUCGUAAAGCUUCUCGUGCCAGCGGCAGGACAGAGUCCAACGUUCAACCCCAACAGGAUACAGACAAAGCCUCACUGAAGGCCCCGGGCCCCGGAGCCUGUCAGAAGACCGGCUACCAGAAGUACGGCAAAGUCCACACACGCCACAUCAACCAGCUCUUCAUCCGGGGGGAGAGCGUUGUCCUGGUGAACCCACAGCCACUCUGACUUCUCUCUCCUGGACUUGACAUUCGAUCAACUUUGUGAAUUUGAGGCCCCGUACACACCUGGUAUUAACAUCCGUCCUGAGAGUAUGUAUGUGUCUCCUGUCACUUCCCUGUUCUACAUGCAAAUUAAAACGUACGUUAUUUAUGUUAGAUAAGUUUACAGAUGUGUCCGAUGUCACUGUAUGUGUGUGUCGGCACAAGCUAUCGAAAGAAUGAGAGACAAGUUUGUUUUAUUUGAAGAAAGUGAAACUGUAGGGGGUCAGAGGACAUCAGCUGAGUAAGCGGCCCAGGACUGAUCUGCAUUCACACUGUGACAAGAAUGUGGUCAUGUGUGGCCGAGACCACCUCCCAAUGUGGUCUGGUGUGAUCAGCUCGCUAUCCGGUCUGAGCGCGUUCCCAUGUGUAUCUAGAGCUGUCCACUUGUGAUUGGAUCACAAAAAACACAUGUUGUUACCUGGUGUGUACAGGGCCCGAGUUUCACUUCACACCAUGACGAUAAUUGCCGGAGACUUGUCUAUGAUUUAAUUAGAUUCAGAAGAAUCCAUAUUACUGUUAUAUCAUAUUGAUAUGGAGGUUUUCCUCUGCCUACUGGGGAAGACAUCUUGAUUUUGGGAAAUAAAAGCUUCUCACUUCUAA